CGAGCGUGGGGGGCAGUGGAGAGGAGGAGCACCUGAUGCAGGCUUUGGGAUGGGAGCCAUUGAGCAAAGCAAACAGGCAGCGGUAGAGAGACAUGGCAGAGGGAAUGGGGUCUUUGGUGGCAACGAGUUGGCUUCCCGAUGUGAGCCUAAGCCAUGCCUCGUAAAGAAGCCAAAGGAUACGAUGAACAGGCGGCACAUUCCAGCAUUCGGGAAGUGGGACUACUCUGAUGAUCUACCCAUCACGCAGUACUUCGAGUCUGCGGUGCAGGCUGGCUUAGUCCCAGGCCAAUUCCUUGGAGAAGAUGCUCAUCUGUUCAAGGUGCCACCAGUAGGCCCAGAGAAACCAGCUCAUCACCACCAACAGCAGCAGAGAAAGAAAGGAGAGAAGCAGCAUCGGAACGGGCAAGAGAGAAAGCAAGCAGGGGAGGAGUGUGACACCACCGCAAGGAGGCUGAGAGCUCCCAAGGCUGUGGACGAGGACUUGUACAAGAUCCCACCUGAGCUCCUCUGCCGGAAGCCCAAGAGGAAGAAGUUGCUGAGGAGCUUGUGGUCAGGAUGCCUGGGACUCAACUGCAUUGCGUGAGAGAGCAGUAAUGAAGACUUGGUACACCCU